GGCCAAACAAGCAGACAUGUGACCUGUUUCGCUUUCGUGUCAUUGUUGGAUAUGAUGGUUAGUCACCGUAUUUGGGGUUUGUGUUUGUCAAAUGGAAAAAUCGGGUGGUAAAACGAUUUCUUUGAAGAGCAACUCGGAUCUGCUCGAUCAAGAGGAAGUAGUGACUGUCAGUGGAACGGGAGAUUUCGCCGUGGGUUUAACUGCAGAGGACCAGGUAUUUUCCUGCAAGACUGACAACAAGAGGUGCCAGGAGAUUUGCGUCCCUUUGUUCAAGUUGACGAUAUGGCCAACAGAAGGUGUCACCUUGACCCCAGUGAACCGUGACCUUGUCUGCACCAUCAACAAUGAAGAAGUGAUUUCUGAGACUAAUCUUGUUAGUGGUGUGCAGAUAGAGAUUGGUGAUAAGGUCAUUCAGUACAUGGAGGGACCUGUGCCCCGUCCUCGACGCCACCUACCCCCUACUCCGGGGGUACAUGUCAGGGCAACACCACCCCCCAAACCCACCAGAAAUGGGAUGUCUCCAGAAACCAGAGGUGAAAUGCCCCCGGCGCAGAAGGAGACUGAGAGUGAUUGGUGCCAUAUCGAGCCACCCGAAAUGGAGGAGGAGUUGAUCAACAAACUCAACACCAGUGAUGAGUUAUCCAGCUUGGCUGCUGGCUGUAUCAACAAACAGAUCCAUGAGUUCACGGACACACGGAUGACAACGUCACUCCUUGAUCAGGUGUUCAGGAUGCUGCAGGAUGUUGGGACACACAGAAGAGACAUUCUCCAGAAUUUCUUGUUGGAGAUGGCCCGGCAGAGUCAGGCCACACCGGAGACGGACAAGGGGAGACCACUGCAUGCCCCUAUAAUCCAUCUCCUCGUGGAAAUACUCAAGCAGUUCCUUGACCCUGUGUCUCAUGUGGCUUUGUGUCUGAAACUUCUAAGAGCCUUUAGCCAUGUGCCAAGUAACCUAGCAACCUUCAUUGGUUGCCAAGCAACAGCAGCCAUUUUGGGUUCAAUGUCUGUCUAUGUGGAUGAAGUUGAGGUUCAGCAAAAUGGGAUCGACAUCCUGUGUAAGGUUGCAACAUACACUCCAUCAAUUGAUGAAAAGGCCCCAUUGAGGGAGACGGCCAUUGAGUUGAUUCUACGAGCCAUGAAGCACCAUACACACUCGCUGUUUGUCACCCAGUCCGGCUGUCGCACCCUCGCCAGCCUCUGUAAUAUGGUGUUUGAGCAGGUCAACAGCAUCAUAGAUAGAGAGCGAAGUAGCAAGCAGAAGCUGGUGCAGGGUGUGGAAAAACUGGCAGGUCUCCUGGACUACAUGCAACUCAGUGCCACAGGGGUCAUACACAUGGCCAUGAAGAUCUUCACCUCUGACCUUAGUGUGACCAUGGAGGGUCGAAGGUUCCUGUAUGUGAUGGCCAGACUGGAGCAGUUGAAACAAAAGCAGACUUUGUGGCUGGAGAGUAACACAGGUGAUGAAAGUGAUGAUGAGACAUCAGAUGGGGAGCCUGUUGAUGGAAUACUCAAGAAGUCAAGGUCGUAUGAGAACCUGCGAUCCAAUGAGAGGAGAGUAUCUUUCGUUGACCUCCAAGGUCCUGGUGUGUAUGACUCGACCUCUGACGAAUCCACAGAAGGUGAUACGACCGAAAGGAAUUUAUCACCAUCCAAUCCAAACAUGGAGGUCGACGAGACAGUAAAAGAACGUUCCGGCAGUGACAAUUCUCAAGCUGAAAAUGGCUCCUGCACAACCAAGAAUAUUGUUAGAGGAAUGAAUGAUGGACAAGAAAAUGGUGACUUGAAACAUGUGCAAAACAAUGGUAUCUGUGAUAACGGUGAUGUAGAGGUUGAUGACGGUGAUGUAGAGGUUGGGAAGGGUUGUCGACCUGAUGUUGUCACUUCCACCUUCAAUGGCCAGGACUCUCAAAAUGGUGUGUCUUUGUUCAGUGAACUGGGUCAGAUUGACAGUGGUUUGGUGCGGAGCAUGGGCGCUGGGGGAGAGGGGAAGUUCGGAGUGGGGGAUGACAUCUCAGAGGAAGAGGAGGAGGAAGUGAUCGACUACUCUGCUGCAGAUAUUCAGUUUCUUAACAGGCUUGUCAAAACUCAGAUUGUGUGCCGAGUGUGCUCCCUAGCCUUCAUGGAUGAGGACAAGGAAGCGUACACGUCUAUAGAGAAGCCGGUGGCAGACAUGCUGAAAACUGGGAAGCUGUCAGCUGCCCUGCACCGAUUCUUCUUGUCUAAGUACAAACCGGAGUUGACAAUGAUGGAUUUUGACCCGAACAUUGUUAUCAGUCUGAUUGAUGCAGUGAGAUACAGAUCCCAAGUGGCACCCAGUGUCGUCCAGAAGACAUUGCUAGGUGUUGCCAAGAACAUCGACAAGCAUGUCAACCAGCGCCACCUGAAACUCGGUGCCUCCAUCCUCAACAAGAUCCUGGAUGAGCCAUCACUUUUGCUGACUGUGUCAGAUGCCAGUUUUCACAUCCAGUGUAAAGCACAGCUUGAGGAAUCUUGUCAAAGUCUGACCGACCCCUCCAUCUUCUCAAGUGUGCUGGCCAAGUUGACCCCAGGACAUUCACUCAUGGACCUUGACUGUUACUGACUUCAUCCCUGCUGGGAUCCAGUUACCAUGGUUACAAGAGUCAAGUUGGCCGAGCUGACUCCAGGACAUUCCUUCAUGCACAAACUAUUACUGACUUCAGCACCACUGGCAUCCAGUUACCAUGGUUACAAGAGUCAAGUGGCCAAGCUGACUCCAGGACAUCUCCUCAUGGCCUUGACUGUUACUGACUUCAGCGCAACUGUGGUCCAGUUACCAUGGUUACAAGAGUCACGUGGCCAGCUGACUCCAGGACAUCUCCUCAUGGCCUUGUCUGUUACUGACUUCAGUGCAACUGUGGUCCAGUUACCAUGGUUACAAGAGUCAAGUGGCUAAGCUGACUCCAGGACAUCUGCUCAUGGCCUUGACUGUUACUGACUUCUUCAGUGCUCGGAUCCAGUUACCAUGGUUACAAGAGUCAUUCUGGCAAAUGACAACCUUUCUGAUUCUUCAGAAUUUUCCAGCUUAUCCGCUGAAGGCAGUGACUAUCCAUGUUUUAAAUGCCUGCAGAUGCCUGUCCAAAGUAUCCCUCCAACAUUGGAAAGUGUAUUAAGAUUAGGAAAGUGUAUUAAAGUACUGCAGACAGAUAAUAAGCUCCAUUAGAACAAUCUGUGACAGUUUUCAAACCGUCUCAUGAUAUCGGUGCCAGAAUGUGAAUAGUCCCGACUGUGUAAAGAUCAUCUGGACACAUAUAUUGUAAAGUUCAGAUGCUGGUAAACUAAUUGUUACUUUCAUUACUCUCAUCUCAAACCAUCCUUUAUGUUUCACAUCUAGUACCCAAGUAGUGUCAUCCCAUUGCACAUUAUUUCACUGAGAUGUACCAAGGUUUGGUCAAGUCUUCCCCAAAACCAGCUUGAGAGGCCACUAACAUGAUCAGCAGUGUAUUCUCACUAAAGGUAGCUAUUGAGCGACACCCAAAGACUGUAAGACAUAAAGUGUCAUGUGACCUAAAUUAAAUGUGUUACUAUGUAAUUUCAUUUUUGCAAACAUACCAGUGUUGUGACGACAUUAACCAACGCUACAACAUCUUAAUUGAAUUUAACUAUAAAAACAAGUGUGGUGGUAAAAAAUAACAUCUUAAAUUAUUCCUCAAUAUGGGGCUGCACACAAGAUGUUAUGAGGUGAGG